AGUAUUGUAUAUUUGAAAAACAAUGUCUUGUUUACUUCAAUACCGAAAAACAUAAAAUAGAGAAAUUUUAUAUUACGUACAUUCUCGCAUUAUAUAAUUUAAAUUAAAAUUAAAAAAAAAAGCAGAUAGCGGAACUUGAUUUUAAUAUAUGUAAAUUUAUUUCUUCUCCCACUUUCUCAUUUUAAUCAGAUUUAUCUCUCACCCUCGUCUUCAACACUAGAUUUUUCUUCCAAAUUUUCGGUAAUGUAGCAACCCUUUUGAAUCCUCUAUAAGGAUUUGCAAUCAAAGUUCCUCUUUCGUAGAUCCUGCUCAUAAAGUUUCAACUUUUUCUUUCGCGUACUAAACAACAAUGGAUAGUUUCACCGCCGAAGAUCUGUCCACAAUCGGAGGUAUCGCAACCGUAUCGAUUCUCCAUUCGUUCAUUCCAACUCACUGGCUUCCGUUUUCCAUCGUCGGUCGUGCUCAGAAAUGGACCCUUUCUAGAACCCUUCUUGUUACUGCAUUUGGAGCAAUUUUGCAUGUAAUAUCCACUUCACUGCUUGGUAUAACAGCAAUUACCAUGGCAAACACCAUUGCCGGUGAAGAAACAGUGCAUAAGCUUGCUUCACUUUUGCUUGUAUUUCUCGGUGGUAUGUAUAUUGUGUUGUUUGUUAUGGGGAAAGGCGGCCAUAGUCAUUCGCACAACCAACCCAUGGAGAAAAUGGCAGUAGCUGGGCUUAUUCUUGUUCCUGCACUGUCUCCUUGUGCUACAACACUUCCAGUAUUUCUUGCUGUUGGAAAUUCAUCUUCCAUGAUGGUGCUUGCCAUAAUAGUUCUUCUAUUCAGCACAAUCUCUGUGAUGACUUCACUAGUAGCAUUAUCAUUUUAUGGAGCCAGUCAGCUGAAGUUUCAUUGGGUGGAGCGGUACGACAAACUUCUUGUUGGUUCAGUACUGUGUUUAGUAGGAUUGUUGACCCUAAUUUUUCAUGAUCAUGAUCAUCAUCAUAUUCAUGAAGAAGUAGCUUCAGUUGGAGAGCACUUGCAUAGAAAGAUGUUUUCCUUAUGAGAGUAUAUAAUAAUAAAUAUAUCAUGUAAUUUGACACUUUUGAGGAUUGUCACUGUAUUGUUUCUAUUUUGUAUGAUGCAAAAGUGUUGUUAUCUAGAGAAAUGAUCAUAUUGAUCUAGUUAAAGUUGUAGUAAACUAAGUUUACCAUGUGAACAUAAUGAUGUUAUUCAGUUUUUUCAGAAAAAAAGUGAUUGACUA